AUGGUUGGAAAUGUUUAUUCUUGGGACCAAAGCAAUUGGGAAAGCGAUAUAGCUUUGGCCCAAGCUGCCCAUAUUGAUGCUUUCGCACUCAAUAUUGCUUACGGAGACUCAAGCGUAUCUACAUCUCUGGAGUAUGCUUUUGCUGCAGCGAACAAUCUGGGAUUCAAACUGUUUUUUUCAUUUGAUUAUGCCGGUAACGGAGCAUGGCCUUUACAGGAUGUGACAGCCCUUUUGAUGGACUAUGCUUCCGACUCGGCGUACUACCUGUAUGAUGGUAAACCUUUUGUUUCCACCUUUGAAGGACCAAGUAGUGGGUCUGAUUGGUUAGCCAUUAAAGAAGACACAGGCUGUUUCUUCAUUCCAGAUUGGUCCUCUCUAGGAGCCCAGGCUGCAACAGAGAACGCUGGUGGCAUAGCUGAUGGGCUCCUGAGUUGGGCAGCAUGGCCAUGGGGAAAUAGCAACAUGAACACCUAUGUGGACGCCUCAUACUUGCAGUUCCUGAAUAGCUCCGGUACUCCAAAGCCGUAUGCAAUGCCCGUCUCACCAUGGUUCUACACCAAUCUUCCUGGUUAUGACAAGAAUUGGGUAUGGCGAGGGGAUGAUUUGUGGUAUGAUCGCUGGGAAGAGGUUAUGUUUAUUCAGCCUGACUUUGUGGAGAUCUUGACAUGGAAUGACUUUGGAGAGUCGCAUUACAUCGGCCCGCUUCAUGAAGAGCAGUUUGAUCUCUUUGAGAUGGGCCCUUACAACUUUGUAACCAACAUGCCCCACGAUGGGUGGCGGUUGUUCCUUCCUUAUUUGAUUGACACAUACAAAAAAGGGAUCGCUUCUAUCACGGAGGAGGGGCUGGUCACUUGGUAUCGUAUUAAUCCAUUAUCGUCGGGAUGUUCGACAAAUGGGACCACUGGUAAUACGGCCAGUCAACUUCAAUUAGAGUUCAGUCCGGAAGAAGUAGUCCAAGACAAAAUUUUCUUUUCCGCUCUUCUCACUUCGAUGGCUGAUAUCUCAGUCACGAUCGGAGGUGUAUCACUGCCAGCGAGUUGGGACAAAAUUCCAAGUGGCAAUAUUGGGAUUUUUCAUGGGAGCGUCUCUUACAAUGGGGAGAUCGGUGUGGUAGUGGUGACUGUGUCAAGAUCUGGCACCCUCAUUGCCUCUGUCAACGGUGCGUCAAUUACCACAAGCUGCACUGAUGGAUUCAUGAACUUAAACGCUUGGGUGGGGAGUGCUGUUGGAGAGAUUAUUCCGGCCGCAUCACCCAAUCUCAAAAUUUCCGAUCAAGUAUGUAUAGCAGGGAAUGGUACUGGCAAUUUUAAUGGUCUUUGUGAGUUCUCUUGUGCCCUUGGGUAUUGUCCCAUUGGGUCUUGCUACUGCACGGCGAUGGGACCUCAAGCAAAAUUGCCUACAGCCCUAGGCGUCAAAGGAUACCCCAUAGCAAGUGGUAACGAUGAUUACGAUGGUCUUUGUGCUUUUGCCUGCAAUUAUGGUUACUGUCCUCCCACGGCUUGUGGUACUGUAUCAGUGCCACUAGCUACUCCUGCGGUAUCACCUUUCACACCUAACACUUGUGUCAAUGGUACUGGACCUGCAGAUAUUUCAGGACUUUGUCGAUACAGCUGCAAUUACGGAUUUUGUCCAAAGCAAGCGUGUACUUGUACACAGACUGGUGCACUGAUUCCUGCACCAGCAGCAACUCACAGUGUUAGUGGAUAUGGGGCUCGAGGGGAAUAUGAGUUAGAUUCAUACAAUGGCCUCUGUAAUUUUGCUUGUAGCCGGGGAUACUGCCCCGACCCAUGCAAUGAUCCUGUGCCUGCAUAUCUCUCCUCAUCAGGCACUAUUUUGGUUCCACCCGAGAUUUGGACGACCUCAGACCCUGUUGUUGGAUGUGAAAAUCUACCUUGCACUUUGGUAUUCCCUCCACUAACGUUAAGCACCAUGACAACCAUAUCUAUCCCACCAUGGACAACUUCAUUGGUAGAAAGUUAUGCUACCACAAGAGUAGCUACAUUCUGGGGAGGGACGACGAUGAGUCUUGGGGGAUAUCUUUUGGUAACCCAAACAACCGUCAUUACAAUACAAGCUAUCACAACAAAUCAGAUCCCAGUAUGGGAGCAAAUUAUCCCAACUGACGAAGUCGGACCUUUGAUACUCAAUAUGACAAGCAGUAUUGACUUGCCCACAACGGUCUUGACAAUAACUCCGACUCCUCCAUCAGGUACAACCCAGCCGCCAAUCACAACAACAAUAACGCCACCACCAUAUCCAUGGUCCCAAAAAACUCGCGAUUCUACCCUAAACACAAAGUCCACAACCUGGACUCAUGGUCCUCCUAAGUCAACUUGCACAUCUGGGUGUGGGAGCCCGUGUUCCAUUUUCUGUAAUGGCCCUUGCCUUACAUGUCACCCUUUCGGGCCAAAUGCUCAAACCAAUUUUGGAGGUCCUCCAGGUUCAGGCGGCGGAGGUGGCGGUGGUGGAGACAGCGGUAGUGAGGACAGUAGUAGUGAGAAUGAAUCAAGCUCCAGGGAAUGUUCCACCGUAACAGCGACUACCUGUUCCACAGCGUGUGUUUCUAAUGAUUGCAGCACCGUCUGUUACACUGGCGUAGGAUGCUCAGAGACCGGUACAGAAUGGUUUACCGUUGGUACUCCAGUCCCAGGAUAUCUUGACGACAUGGAGAUAUGGCCAACAACAACUACAGCAGCUCCUGAUCCAUCUCUCGACGCCGCCUUUGAGGCAAUGAUAACUUCGGACUAUCCAGAAUAUGCAAGUAGAAUUAAUUCUGUGGUUCUAAGUACGACAACUCUCUCGGAAUUACCCACUUCAACAGUCUUUAUCACCACUGUGAUUACCGCCUCAAGCCCCAAGCCAACACCUAAACCGAUAACAAACCAAGGCGGCGGGUUCGUUGUUGCAGGGUACACUGUUUGUCAACUUGAAGCUUGUGAGUAUCAAUGGGAGAUAUUUAGUGUCGACUCGGCUACACCGACAUUUCCUGGCUGCUCAACUGAUGGGGCUUUGUAUAGCAGUGUGGUUACAACUCCGCCCCAACAAACAGGUCCUAUUCCUAGGCUGGGACCCUUUCCUGCCAACGGUCGUAGCGAUUGUUAUUUUGAUAGAGGUAUUGACUGUGGCGUUAACGGAGGAUUUAGUUUCUCUUGUAGUGGAUGUGAUAAAGUAGGACAGGGUAUUCUUGCUUGUGACCUCCAAGAACCAGUGAGCUGCGAAGUUGAUAGGAGAGAAAGUUAUCAAGCAGCAGUGUAUUGCUUUUGGUAG